CUGCACUUUGUGAUCAGAAAGGUGGAGACGAGAGCUAACUCAUCUCUGCUCGUAUAUAUAUAGAGGGAGUAGUACUGAUCAUUCGCUGAUAGAGAUGUGUGGAGUUUUUUUCUGCGUUUUCAUCUUUCUCCUUGCGAUUAUAUUCUCAUAUAUUUUCCUACGAGGGGAGAAGAAAGAACCCCAGAAAAGAGCAAAGCUUCCCACAGGUACAAUGGGAUGGCCAUACAUAGGAGAGACUCUUCAAAUGUAUUCUCAAGACCCAAAUGUUUUCUUUGCAGCCAAACAGAAAAGGUAUGGAGAAAUCUUCAAGACCAAUAUUCUUGGCUGCCCUUGUGUCAUGCUGGCUAGCCCCGAGGAUGCUCGGUUUGUGCUUGUGACAGCUGCUCACUUGUUCAAACCAACCUACCCCAAGAGCAAAGAGCGUCUGAUUGGCCAAGCAGCACUGUUUUUCCACCAGGGGGAGUACCAUCUUCGUCUAAGAAAGCUUGUCCAGGGAUCCUUGUCCCCUGAGGCAAUUCGGAACUUGGUGGAGGGUAUCGAUGCCAUAGCAGCAUCUGCGUUGGAUUCAUGGGCAGGCGGCCAUAUUGUUAAUACUUUCCACGAAAUGAAAAGGUUUUCUUUUGAGGUUGGCAUACUUGCAAUUUUUGGCCAUUUGGAUGCUUAUUAUAGAGAGGAGCUGAAGAAGAAUUACUGUUUAGUAGAUAAAGGCUACAACUCCUUUCCUACUAACAUUGCAGGAACUCCCUUCAAAAAGGCGCUCAUGGCAAGAAAGAGGCUCACUAAGAUUCUCAGUGAUAUUAUAUGUGAGAGGAAGGAGAAGAAAUCUCUCGACAAGGAUCUUCUGGGUUGUCUACUGAACUCCAAAGACGAAAAGGGUGGGAUUUUAAGAGACAACGAAAUUGCAGACAACAUCAUUGGAGUACUGUUUGCAGCUCAAGACACUACAGCUAGUGUCAUGACAUGGAUUGUCAAGUACCUUCAUGACAACCCGAAACUUCUUCUAGGGGCUGUAAAGGCUGAACAGAAGGCUAUUCGCAUUUCAAAUGAUGAAGGUAAUCGUCGACUGAGUUGGAGCCAAAUAAGAACAUUAAUGCCAGUAAGUAACAAGGUAGUACUGGAAAGCUUGAGAAUGGCAAGCAUUAUAUCUUUCACCUUCAGAGAAGCAGUGGCUGAUGUGGAAUACAAGGGUUACCUAAUUCCAAAAGGAUGGAAAGUGAUGCCUUUGUUCAGGAACAUUCACCACAAUCCAGAGUUCUUCUCUGAUCCUCAGAGAUUUGAUCCUUCAAGAUUUGAGGUUGCCCCAAAACCCAAUACAUUUAUGCCCUUUGGCAGUGGAGUUCAUGCCUGCCCAGGAAAUGAGCUUGCAAAGCUGGAGAUACUGAUUAUGAUUCACCAUUUGGUCACCAAAUUCAGGUGGGAAGUGGUGGGACCCAAUAGUGGCAUUCAGUACAGUCCAUUCCCAGUGCCCAUGGAGGGACUCCCAGCCAGAUUUUGGAAAGAAUCUACCACCUAAAAGCAGCAUAUGUUCAAAUUAUCACCACCGUCACUCCAAAACUCGUGGGAGGGUUGGAUGUUAAUGAAGAUCCUUACUUUAUUUUCCCUAGGUUUUGAUUUUUGUGACAUAUUAUCAUGCAUUAAAGAAACUUCACCUCUCAGU